AUAAGAGGAAGGUAGAAGUGAUGGUGAUGUGAAGCAGCAGGGCAAUGCGUGAGGAGGAAGCCCGGAGAGGGCGUGGACGGUGCGUAUUGAUUCCUUCGAUCAUUGCGCCCUGCAACAACCACGGAAGCAAAUUGCUGGAGGACGCUCCAUUUUUUGUUGGGUUCAAUUUCACCAUCCGACUCGCCAAAUAUCAUAUAAAACGCUCUCACCAGCUUACUUCACCUCAAUUGCCAUUUCUAUUUCAUGAACGAAUCUGAAGAAAUGGCUCAACUCGAACGCUUCCCUAGACAAGUAAAUGCCUCCAGAUCUGUCGUCACCUCUCCCAGCGUGGAAAAAGUCCUUCGAGGGGGUGAAUCCUCAAAGCUGGGCUCUCCCACCUCCAACGGCCCCACUUCGCCUUUAUCCGAAGACGACAGUGGCGCCCCUCAGAAGAAAUCCGUGCUCUCCAAGGUGAAGGAAAAGGCCAAGAAAUUACGCCACAGUCUCAGCAAGAAAAAGCACGACGACGGUAAUGUCACCCCCACUUGGGGCGUUCCCGUAGAAGAUGAGGAGGAGGAGGAGGAGGAGGAAGACGCGGAAUACCUCGGAGCUCCAAUGUACGAAUCGGAGCUAGCACCCGAAGCAUACAAAGAAAACGCGAGGCAGCAUCCCAGAGCGACUCCGGUAAUUGCCGAGAACCAUGUUUUGCACAACCCUUUAAAUUCCAGAGGUGAAAUGGAUCGUCAAAAGCCACUCGGCAACUGUGCGGAGUCAAAGAGAACGACAUCAUCAUCAUCAUCAUCAUCUUGCAGCGGCCACAAGCCCUCUUGGUUCGAACAAGACAAUGAGUGGGAACGGAGCCGAGAAACUCACGCCAGCAAAUGCGAAAGGAUCAGACGCGGGCCAUUGCAUUUCGUCUAAACGCAAGGCCUCACCGUUUCGAAACCCCCGGAUACUCUAACUCCAGCAUCGUCUCGUAAGUCUCCUCUGUCGGUGACCACUACGACAGCGACCCAGCAGACUCCUCCUGCCAAGACUGCCACCAGAAUUUCUCCGGUCGCGUCAAAGGCUCCGCGCUUUUCAUCAGCCCCAUCGACUCCGCGCAAAUCAUCACCAUCCGCGUCUUCUACGCUGAAUAUGAAGAACAGCACCGUCGACGCCAGCGACCAAGUAUGGGACAAGGGUGUGUCGGUGAGAGAGUAUUUCAAGAACAAGUUGGAGCCAGGGGAAGAUGAGAAAGCUCUGUCUCAGGUGAUAUCAGAAGCAAUGAGUCCCCGGAGAACUCCCGGUGAUGUGGGCGUCAUGGAGAAGGUGAGAGAAGCUGUCACUUCAUUGCUCCGAAAUGAGGAACCAUCACAAUAUUCUGUCGGAAGCCCAACCCUACGCACCUCGUCUCAAAACCCUGUACUACUAUCUAGCAACGUUCAGCAAGUUGGUGAGGAAGAGAACCAUGGCAGAAUCCUUCAGACUAAUUGAAAAUCUCCACAGGGCGUCUCAUGCUCAUUUGUAUAUAUAUAUCCAACUAUUUUCUCCCUCUUUUUUUUUCCAGCAUAUAUUUGUGUAUGUACUUAAUAAUUACCAUCGAAAAGAUCAUUUCCAUCCAUUUGUAAACCAAGGUUUGCUUGUAAUAACCCUGCGUGGGCCAUGCUCUGACUUUGAAGGGUUCCUUCUAUGAAUCCUGUGUCUUUAUAAUUCUGACGAUUCUUCAAUCACGAACAGCAAAAUUAAAGGCCACUCGCCAUUGAUUUAAAAAAAAAAAUCAAAGAAAAAC